GGAGGCUCCCCGCGUUGCGGGGCAUUUGUCCAUUCGUUUCUUCUGUCCCUUGCGGAGAGAAUGGCUUCUUAGACGUCGUCCUUGGACAGAAUUCCAGUCAUCAGAAACUGUCAAACAGUUUCUGCCACUGAGCAUCUCUCAUCAAAUAGGAUAUUAAUCCCUGUUCGUGCCUCGCAAGUCUCCAGAGCCUCCACAUGCUACAAAAUCCUUUGGUCCUCCCCUGGCGGCCACAACUAUCACCUCUUUUGGGAAGCCUCCCCUGACCUUCCUCUUGUGCUGAACACAUAUUGAGAUCUUUGCAAAGAUGCUGAAUGAAUCAAUGAAUGAACACACAUAAAGGCAUCAGCAUGAUCCAUGAGGAAUGAAGGAGGGAGAGAUCGAAUGAAUUCAGCUUGGGCAGAAGGUGCCAGACCAGGCAGAACCCUGGGCUGUGAUGUCUGGCAAAAUGGCCAUUGGCAGCGACAUCGGGCAGGCCCGCCGUGCUGUGGAGCAGCUGCGGAUGGAGGCCGGCAUUGACCGUGUGAAGGUGUCCAAGGCGGCUGCCGACCUGCUGCAAUUCUGCAUGGAGCAGGCCAAGAGCGACCCCUUCCUGGUGGGCAUCCCUGCUGCCACCAACCCCUUCAAGGAGAAGAAGCCUUGCACCAUCCUAUGACACUGAACCUGACAACCCAUCAAUAAACAUGAAGUGAAUGCUCCUCAGAGCUUGGUGGGCUGCAAUGGGGGGCAAAGUGGGGCUGUGGGAUGGCAGGGGCACCUGACCCAACCUUCCUCCCCCACCCACUCCAGGGUCACGGCCACAGGGACACACACACCCUGGACUCUGCAUAGAAGAGCACGCACCUUUCCCACCCCUCCUUGCCCUGCACCGAUGGGCCAGCCUUAGCAGAUUCUCUCUUCCUCUGCAUAAACACAUCCAGGCAGAGUCCCUAGCUACAUGCCAAUUCAUGUUAUGCACACACUCAUCACCCAUGUCCACACAUCACACACACACAGAUGCCAUCAUAUAGACAGGUCCCCACAUCCUCCAGAAGCUCCCUUUUCCUCUCACACAUGUAUGCUCAUAGGCACUCAGAUAGGCACAGAUGGGGUCUGGGAUUAUGGAAACAACACAAACAACCAGCCCUCCUCCCCAGGGACACACAGACACACAUG